AUGGCGGAUUUAGGGGGCUCCAAGACAGGGGAGAGGCCUAAGUGGAACAACAAGGCCCAGUACCUUUUGUCCUGUAUUGGAUUCGCUGUAGGAGUGGGGAAUGUGUGGCGUUUUCCGUACUUGUGCCAGAUCCAUGGAGGAGGUGCAUUCCUCAUCCCCUACCUGAUAGCGCUGGUAUUUGAGGGUCUCCCCCUGCUCUACAUGGAGCUGGCUAUAGGACAGAGGCUCCGCAAGGGCAGCGUCGGCGUCUGGAACUCCAUCUCACCAUAUCUGGGUGGAGUCGGCAUAGCCACCAUGCUGAUUUCCUUCUUAGUGACUCUGUUCUACAACACCCUUGUGGCAUGGAUCCUGUGGUACCUCUUCAACUCAUUCCAGGAUCCUCUGCCCUGGGCUCAGUGCCCGCUCAACGAUAACCACACAGGCUACAAUAAGGAGUGUGAAGAGAGCACUCCAGUGAACUACUUCUGGUACCGUGAGACCCUGGACAUCACAGCUGACAUCGAGAUCAGCGAGUCCCCGCGGUGGUGGAUGGUCGUCAGCCUGGCCACUGCCUGGAGUGUUGUCUACAUCUGUUUCAUCAGAGGCAUUGACACCAUUGGAAAGGCUGUGUAUGUGACAGUUACAUUCCCGUACCUGGUACUGACCAUUUUCCUGGUACGUGCCCUCACUCUGCCAGGAGCCACUGAUGGACUCAUCUACCUUCUCUCCCCUGAGUGGGAAACUCUGAAGAACCCCCAGGUGUGGCUGGAUGCUGCCACCCAGAUCUUCUUCUCUCUCUCUGUGGCGUUUGGGGGCCUCAUUGUUUUCUCCAGCUACAAUCCUCUGCAUAAUAAUUGUGAGAGAGAUGCAGUUGUGGUCGGGCUGGUAAACAGCGGCACAUCUCUCUAUGCCUCCAUCUCUGUCUUCUCCAUCCUUGGGUUUAAAGCCAGAGCGAACUAUAUAACCUGUCUUGAAAGAAACAUCUUGGCUCUGACCAACCAUUUUGAGAUUGCAGACCAGAAUAUAACAGUGCAAAACUAUGAUCAGUGGGUUGAAUACCUGAAUGGGACAUAUCCAGAUGAAGUCUCCAGUUUAAGCCUGAGUCUCUGCAACCUGAAAACAUUCCUUGAUCAGAGUGCUUCGGGUACUGGCUUGGCAUUUAUUGUGUUCACUGAGGCAGUGAUAGCGAUGCCAGGUUCUCAGGUGUGGGCUGUACUAUUCUUCAUCAUGCUCUUCAGCUUGGGUCUCUCAACUAUGUUUGGAAACUUGGAAGGUGUCCUCAACCCCCUCCAGGAACUAAACAUGGUGCCCAAGUGGAUAGCAAAGGAGUUCCUCACAGGAUUAGUUUGCUUGAUAUGCUUCCUGUUGUCUCUGAUCUUCACCCUGGGCUCGGGCAACUACUGGUUGGAAAUCUUUAAUACCUACGUGGGCUCUGUUCCUUUCCUCAUCAUCGCCUUCUUUGAGGUCGUUGGGGUGAUGUAUGUCUACGGACUGCGGCGUUUCAGUGAGGACAUCUUCUUCAUGACAGGGACAAAACCCAACCUUUACUGGAAGGUCUGCUGGAUGGUUAUUAGUCCUUUGAUGUUGCUGGUAGUCUUCAUAGCCUAUGUUGCUGUCCAAACACAGAAGCGCCCGAGCUAUUCUCCAUGGAACCCUGACUAUGUGGAUUUCCCCAAAAUGAAUGUGCAACCUUACCCGGAUUGGGUGUAUGGCAUCAUUAUCCUCCUCUCUGCACUGCCUGUAGCUCCUAUCCCCCUCGUAGCUCUCUACAGACUGAUCUUUAGGAGGUCCUCUGGAGUCAACCGCAACCCUCAUGUCAAUGAUGGCUAUGCUGUCGAAACAUAG